CUGGAUCGCUUGUGUUCUGCUCAACCAUGGAUGCGCCAUUGUUGAAACUGGCGAAAAGAGAGGUCCCUUACUCCAAGAUGGUUCCGGUCCAGAAGGAUAGCGACCGGAGCGAAUUCGUUGAAACCAAGGACGAGAGUGGUAUGCCGACUGACACCAUGGACGACAUUGAGCUUAGGAACGUGGAACUCCAGUACCCUCUGAUGAGGUCAUUGGCAAGAAGUGAUUCUUACACUCAGGAGGAUCGCAUAGACACAGACUUCGGAAGUAUGGUAGUUGCUGUGCAAGGUGACAAGAACAAGCCUGCCAUGUUCACUUACCAUGACAUCGGCCUGAAUCAUGUGUCGAACUUCCAGGCUUUUUUCAACUACACAGAUGUGCGUGACAUGAUGAAGAACUUCUGCAUCUACCACAUCAAUGCCCCGGGUCAAGAGGAAGGGGCUGCUCCUCUGCCUGAUGGCUAUGCCUACCCCUCAAUGGAAACAUUGGCUGACAUGCUGCUUCUGGUUAUGAAAUUCUACAAAAUUAAGCACUUCAUUGGCUUUGGUGUUGGUGCUGGUGCGUACAUCUUGGCCAAGUUUGCUUUGGACAGGCCAGAAUUGGUCGAUGGCCUGUUCCUGAUCAACUGUACCGCAACUAAGUCAAGCUGGGUGGAAUGGGGAUACCAGAAGCUGAAUGCAAUGCACCUACGCAGCUCGGGAAUGACUGCUUCUACCAUUGACUACCUUAUGUGGCACCACUUUGGCAAGGACGCUGAGGAACGCAACCAUGACUUGGUUAUGGUAUUCCGACAGUACUUCAACAAAACCAUCAACGCCCACAACUUGGGGUUUUUCAUUGACAGCUUCAUCAGGCGAUCAGAUCUGAAUGUCACCCGAGAGACUGAUCCUAUCAAGAAGAAGAUGGUGAAGAACUUUAAGUGCAGUGUGAUGUUGGUAGCAGGAGCCCUCUCUCCACACUUGGAAGAUACUGUCAACAUGAACAGUCGCCUCGAUCCUGCCACUUGCUCCUGGAUGAAGGUGUCUGACUGUGGUAUGGUUCUCGAAGAGCAGCCAGGGAAGGUCAGCGAAUCUUUCAGGCUUUACCUACAAGGACUUGGAUAUGCCUUGAACUCAUCCCAGCGUAGAACAUCCGCUGCGUCUUUGAAUGAAGCCUUGGAGAUGCGUCGUCGAUCCUCGCUUACUGCUCAACAUGCAGUAGCUAUUCAAAAGCUGAACGUAGUGCGUCAGUCUUCGCUUGAAGAGGAAACCAACACGGCCAGCAAACAGGAGGUUCACAUUGUUGAAAACCCCAUUAACCAGCAUCAGGUGAACUGUUAAAUAUGCUUGUCUUGUGGACAUGCAGUUCCCUCUGUUCUUUUCUGUCCAGUGAGAAAAUUGCCUAGGAAAAGAAAUGCGAAACACGCGGUACAAGUCUAUUGCAUGAUUCUCACUUGCACACCGAACAUGUUGUGUACACGCACACACAGGCACAUGGGAACAUGGAGCAUGGAGAUGCACAUUGGCAGUUUGAUGUUUUUAUCUCAAAUUUGACAAGUCAAGAGAUGCUUCUCUUUUAAUACAGGUACAUUAUUACAUUAUGCUUAUUUGACUAAAGAAGAGACUUGGAUAAGAUUGAAAACUUGCAGUAAUGUACAGAUUGUUGCUAAUUACGCAGCAUGACUGGUAGCAACAAAGCGCAUGCCGUUAAGUUGUCUGUGUGUGCAUGUAAGUGUGCAUUUCAGUUCUGCUUGAAGGUCUUUAAAUGUAUUUCUCUACAAGUUAAUUAUUGUAUACUGCUAAAGUACAAUGCAAGAUGCCAUGCUAGGUUUCUAGGCUUAGCCUUGCUGCCGCACAUUGAAUGUUCCUGCAGCAACGGACGGAGGACCAACACACUUGAUGCGAGCUUUGUUCCUUCUUUGUGUAUAGUUUCUUCACAAGUGUAUAUCAUGCUAGUACAAUUAUGUAAGGUUAAUAUAAAGAGCAAGUGUCUUCAUUAUUUUUUAAGCCUGGUGGUGUAGUCUCUAACAACUUUGUUAGAGGCAUGCUUUGUAUUUUCGCACAACGAAGACAGUUUUUGCUGGCCUUUUCUCGAAGGUGUGUGAAGGGUAGACAUUUAGGGGAAUAUGUUUUUAAGCUGGUUGUAGAUGGUGGUUGAUGAUGUAUUAUGUGUACACAACUUCGACACACAGGUUAUGUGUAUAAAUAUUUUUACUUGAGCGCUGUGUACAUUUAUGUUAUUCUUGUAAGAGAGUUCUCAGAGGAAGAAACUGUUGUAUUUUUAUUAGUUUUGCCUAUGCCUGUGCAAAUUUGAAGUGCAUUGUUUUUAGAUCUAUGCAGGUACUUGCACAUGGUACAAAUAAAAAUGCAAUCACUA